AUAAUUUAGCAGCUGUGCCAUAAUUCCGUAUAAAUUAACUAAUUCAUUUCAUAAACAUGAAAAGAACUUGACGACUUUAUGUCUCGUAUUUCUGGAUGUAACGUUAGACAUACAUCAAGAAGUUUUCGCUUGUCAUCAGUUGAAAAUGGAUGAAUUAAAGGAAGAAAACCUAAAGAAUGUCGACGAGGCUGAGCUUGAGGAGAAAACUGUCGUAGAGGAAAUUAAAGAAGAGCAAGAAGAAGAAGAAGACGACGAGGAGGCAUUGCCACACUCUGAAUUUCUUGACAUCUUUGAGGAAGGACUGGCUCUGAUGGUCCAGGACCCUUUACUGUGCGACCUGCCAAUUCAGGUCACGUUGGAGGAGGUGAACUCUCAGGUGGCUUUGGAAUAUGGUCAAGCCAUGACUGUUCGUGUUUGUAAGGCUGAUGGAGAAGUCAUGCCUAUUGUGGUUGUGCAGUCUGCUACGGUUCUGGAUCUGAAGAAAGCCAUUCGCAGAUAUAUGGAGCUAAAACAACAACGAGAGGGAGGUGUCAAGCACAUCAGCUGGAAAUACGUGUGGAGGACAUUUCAUCUGGUCUUCAAUGGAGAAAAAUUAGAAGAUGACAAAAGAAAGCUGAAGGACUACGGGAUCAGGAACAGAGAUGAAGUGACGUUUUUGAAGAAUCUGAGAAGGAAAUGAACAAAUGAAGUUCUCUUUAAUGGGUGAAAUUUGUUUAUUUAAAUAUGUUCACCCAAAAACUAAAAACUCAUCCUCAUGGUGUUCCCUACCAAAUACUGUCCCCUGUUAUUUUUCUGUGGAACAAAAAAUGGGAAAACAUUUGAAUUGCAUUUGCAUUUUUUUCAUCAUGAGAAUGAGUAAAUGAUAACUUAAUUUUUUUAAGGUAAACUUAUCCUGUGAAGACGACACUUGUUGAAGCAAUCUAACAAGUAACUUAAAUAGCUAUUCUUAGAAUACAUUUGAUAAAGGCUCUUCGUUCCUUUUAGUUGGACAGAAACCCAAACUGUCACAUUUGCAAAGAUGCAAAUGUGUGAUAGUCCUCCGUUUCGAAGAUGCCUAGUUAUUAACAUGUAUACAUGGUACAUCCACAAAACAGCUGAUUCACUGGAAGUAAAUGUCUCAUAAAGUGCUUACAAAAAUCAUAUUUGUGUAUUUCAUGUUGCUUUUAUAAUGAUCAAAAUAAUUAAACCUGAAAAUGAGUUGUUUUCAAAAGUGCAAUUUAACUCCCAUUGCUGCUGCUUGUUAAAAUGCUUAAUAUUAAAGUCCCACCAGAUUCGCUGCAAAACUGUAGAUGUUUGUAUUUUAAGACCCUUGUCACCAUGUGAGUUGGUAGUAAAAUACAGGUAAACCACACACUUUAAAUAUUAGGAUAUGUUCCUCAUACUGUUCAGCUACAGUAUGACCAGCCUCAUAUUUCCUUAUUACUGCAAUGUGAAGAGCGACUGAAGAGACACUGCAGGAGUGGAUGCUGUAUGAAGGUUUGAGGCUUUAGGAGGUUUACGUGAAGCGUCAUCUCAACCCUCAACAUGCCUGAUGAACAGCUGACAAACAUUUUUGAGGAGCUGAACCGGCUGUCCUCUCGCAGACAGCAGCUGAUUGACAAACGCAAUAUCCUGGCAAUGCUCAUCCAGUUCAAGCGAAACAAUGGCCAGAAUGAGCAACAGUAUUCCAGAGAGACUGAAGAACUUGAAGAGAUCGAUGAGCAGCUUAAAGUUCUCACUGAAAAGAAGCUUGAACUGGUGAAUUUGCAAGAAAGGUCGGGAGGCAAUCAUUUAAUAGACACUACUGUUUCAUCUACAGACAGUCCAUCUUAUCCAGCUCCGCAGGUGAUUCUGGAUGUUGAGCAACUUCCUCGACACUCAGCUCGGACGCAGUGUCCAUUCUGUCGCCAGUAUAUAAC